UCCUUCACAACGCGCUAUAAUCGCCCUCCCGAACAUCUUAGGCAAUCCUGCUCGAAUAGGCCCCCAUUUCGACCCGUAAUGGUUUUGCGCCGACACGUCUCUACAUAGCGCGACAGGUGCCAUGCCCGGCUGGAGACCUCUCCCGCGAAUUGCCUUUGCAGUUUGCAUCUAUCCCUUCUCGCCCUCCGCCUCCGCCGACCUCCCCCUCGAAAUCGGCGAUGAACUGUACAUAAUUGAGCAGGGAGGGCGGGAUGGCGCCUGGUAUCGCGGAUAUUUGGUUGCGCCUCCGUCGCUGCUGGCCGGCCUGACAAGCGUCAAGGGACAGACGCUCGAGGCUCGUGUCUUCUCUGGCAUCUUCCCGCGCUGCUGUGUCGAGGUCCGCGAGGUGCUUGGGGACGGACAGGCCCCAGGACACAGCGCCGACGUCGCUGCCAGCUCUCGAACAAGCCAUGUCGAGCAGCACACCAACGGCAUCAUCACGCCGUCCGAGAGCCCCGGUACGUCUUCUGCCUCUGGCAUGGGAGCAUCGCGGGUGAAGCAAACCUCUAAGCCUGAGCCCAUCUCGAUUCUGCCCUCUGUAGCGUCACGCCCGCUCUCAAGAAAACGCUCCUCCAAGAAUCGCACCGGGAGCUAUGGAUCGCAAUGGACAGCGCGUUCCGACCAUCUGCAGCAGCUCGCGCUGCCUCUCUCCCCCGUUUCUGUCGGCUCGCGCGACGCGAACGCGCCUCGACCUCCGGCUCCAGUUCCAAUGCUGAAGAUUGGCGACGAAACUCCAACAUCGAAGCUAGAGCCAUUGGUAGACGAGAUUGCGUCUUGUCUCAGGGAAUGGCAUGCGACGAAGCUACAUGAGCUUCUUUUGGCAAGAAGGUAUAACACGUUGGACAAGAUGUCGGCCCUGGUACAACGGUUGGACACGGCGCGCCGCCAGCUGUUGCACAAAGUUUUGACAGCGCAGGAGCUCCGGAGAGUUCGCGAAUUGACGGUGUGGGACCUCGUGUCAGGCAACAAGAUGCUCUGCGGGGAGGUCAUUGUCCGUAGCCCCUCGCAGCGAGGCAGAAUCCUGACUGGCGACGACUCCGCUAUCGAAAUCACCAAGCUCCAAUCGCUGAUGAGCUUGCUCGACGAACGUCCAGUCCAAAAUAUUGAUGAACAUAACUUGCACCACCUUUUCGUCAACAUCCGGCAUGUUCUCGGAGACUUCACGCUCUCGGCAGCCCAGGUCAGCAUCCAUCUCUGCCUCAAGAUACCGGGCUCUGCGCCGAAGCCCUUGUCCGAAGUAUUCUCAGUCGACCUCUUCACGAAGGAAGGAACCGCGACGGCCUUGAACGAGGAGAAACUCAAAGCGCUCUUUGUCGGUCUGAGCUCUACAGACAUUGGCGAGGGGGCUGGUUCAGGCUCUAGCUUAUUCUUGGUUUUUAAGCUCCUAGCAAACGAAGCUUUCCGCGGCUCAAUAAGCACCGCAAACUCGAGCGCCGCUCCGCGUGAGAGCACCUCGAGCCAGACAACUCCACCAUUGCAGCCGUCUCAAUAUGGCAGCAUCAAAGGCGGGCGACGAAGUGUCAUGUUUGGCCAUAAACCUCGAAAGGACUCUGAAUCCGUUGCUAAAAUAACCAAUGACCAGCGACCCACCAGCGUGGACUCCAACACGAAUCGAGCUCAAGCUGCAGAACGACCGGGAUCCGCAGCAAAACCGAGGACAUCGUCCAGAGACCAGAAAACUGUGAAACGGACCGUAGCAAUUGGGCUUCUACGAGUUGACGCACUCAUGAAAGCUCAGGCAGAAUCUGAGCAAAGCAUAACCCUGUGGACCCCAGCCGGACCUUUCGACGAGCUUUCAGAGGAAGGGGAUGAAUGGGAUGCUGUGUUGACAGAGCUAUACCCAAGCCCUAACAACAGGUACAAGAAGAGUCCCCUCGUCAACCGGUUGAAUGUCCACGUCAAAGCGUUUGCAAAUCCAGAGGCCGAGACAUUAAUACAAAAGACCCCAACCCUACUCCACAACAUUAAGCAGACGCGAAAGAUUGGGUUCUCGGGAGCUCCCACCCAGUCAAGAAGCGACAUCUACUUGACCCUGACUGAAUCUUUCUUGCCUCGUAACGCCUUUCUGUCGCAUCCUAAAUCUGGGACUGUCCCUCUGAACCAGCACUCUGGGAUGGCGAACCUCCAGCUCACGAUCGAAGUGCGCAAGUCAAACGGAGAAAGGAUUGAUGGAUGCAUUUAUCCUUCUUGCAACAGCGUAGGCCACACAGCUUGGCGGACGACUGCAGUUGAGCGAGGUGAGGGAUGGAAUCUCACAGUCCGACUGGCUAUAAGUCCCGAGGAUGUCCCGGGUUCACAUAUUGUUAUGAGCGUUGCCGAUGCUCCUGGCUUCCCUUUCGCACUCUGUUGGAUGCCACUGUGGACUCAAGAUGCCUUUAUUCGUGAUGGCGAUCACUCUCUCGCAUUGUACAAAUACGAUGAGUACACAUCGAGCAUGAUUGCGGGACGUGGGGCGUAUCUGGCAUUACCUUGGAGCUCACGGAGGAAGGACGAAUCCGUCACAGGUCCUGUAGCCUCACUCCACCUACGCACAUAUCUCUGCAGCACCAAGUACUCCCAAGAUCCGCAUCUGCUCGGCCUCCUCAAGUGGCGCGACCAAGCUAACGGGGAGCUUCUGUCACUCCUCAAAAGAUUUGUGUUCGUUCCCGAGAUCGAAAUUGUCAAGCUACUCAACGAAGUUUUCGACGCCUUGUUUGAGAUUUUGGUGGAAUAUGCAGGCAGUGAUGAGCAUGAAGACUUGGUGUUCAAUGCUCUUGUCAUCGUUUUGGGCAUUGUGCAUGAUCGACGGUUCAACUUAGGUCCACUUGUUGACCAGUAUGCUAAGACAAGGUUCAACUACCCCUUUGCAACCUCUUGUCUGGUCAGAAGCUACACUAGGCUGCUAUCUAACCCAGUAGACCCCGAAUGCUCUAGGCGCCUGCGCGCAACUUUCAAAGUAGGAAGCCACAUUUUGAAGUUUAUCAUGAGCGCGCGGCAACAGCAGAAAGAGAAGGAAGCCGGAAUUGGAAUCACCACCAGAGAGCCGACUUUUGCCAACGACAUUCGCACCAUAUUCAAAUCCGUCGAUGCUCUGAUGGCCAACCCGGCGCCAAUUCUCAUCGGAACCAAAACCUUGGUCGUCCAACAUUUCCACACUUGGCUUCCCGAGCUUUCUCCAUCUUUGCCACCGAGUGAGAUCGUGAAGCUGGCUUGCAGUUUCAUCGACUCUUGCUCCGCGGCUCAAGGAAAGCUCGUUCUUUACAAAUUGGUGCUUAUCAUCCACUACGCCCAGGUCGAGGUCUUCAAGCUGCCUGAUAUUCGACGUAUCCUUCUCAACAACACCGUCAAGUGGCUUGCUCCUCAUUGGGGAAAGACAGCCACAGUGAACGACCAGUGGAAAGACCAGGUGCGGCUGUGUUGCUCUGUCGUAGCCUCUCAGGUGGAAGACCUUGGACAAGAAGCGUGCGAGUAUAUUCCAAAACUCGUCGAUUCAUAUCGAGCUAUUCAAACAAUCCCUCGGUCAAGCAAGAAAACCCUGUCGUUACUCUUCCCCACUUCGUAUCCUUUUCUAUCUCGGUCUACAACCACUGGAGCUGUUUUCGAUGAGGCGCUGGUCGAGAUAUCGGCCGUUUUGGCGGCACUUUCAAGCUUGCCGACCAUCAUCCACCUGGAUUGGCCUCAAGAUGAUAUUGCGGAGUUUUUGUUCAGCACUUUACAAGUCUACAUCUCAAUUCUCGAUGGGGAGGCAUUUCCUACAUCGUGGUUGAGUGUUCACAUUUUCCACCACAAGGCAACUAUGCGGACUCUGGAAAAACUUGCAAGCAUACUGAUCGACUCGUUUCUCCCUCACCCCGAUGAAGCCGACCAGUUCAACACAGAACUAUGGAGGACUUUCUUUGACGCUCUACUCAAGCUCGUGGGGAGCGAUGCCCUCGCUUUAGAGACAUUCCCGGAGCAGAAAAGACGAGCAGUUUGGAAGAUCGCAGGUGAUGUUCGCGAGCUUGGCGCUGACCUGCUUCGGAGGAGCUGGGAGGCGAUUGGUUGGGAAACUAGUCUCGAGGACAAGAAGCAGUAUGGACUUGAGAAGAUGGGCGGGUUCCAAGUUCAAUACGUCCCCGGCUUGGUUGCGCCGAUUGUCGAACUGUGCCUCAGCGUCCAUGAAGGGCUACGAAGUGUUGCCAUCGAGGUAUUGCAAACUAUGAUUGUCAGCGAAUGGACAUUGAGUCAAGACCUUGCUCUCAUACAGGCGGAGAUGAUCGACUGUCUUGACCGACUCUUCAAAUCAAAACACCUAACGGAGAGCAUACUCCAGAAGCUUUUCAUUGGAGAGCUGAUCGACCUCUUCGAGCCACUCGCACAGGAACCGGACGACCCAUUGUUUCUAGCAGUCAAGAAUCUUAUUACCACUAUCGAUGAGCUGCUUGAUUUGUUGGUAGCAGUACACAGCACCGAGGCUGUCGGGGAGGUGUUCCAUAUCAUGGACACCCUCCACCUCAUGGAGUUCCUCAAGGACAUGCAGAAAGAAGACAUUUAUAUUCGAUAUGUUCAUCAGCUUGUUGAUCUGCAAGCCGAUGCUGGGAAUUUCACAGAAGCUGGUCUGGCACUACGUCUCCAUGCCGAGCUUUAUGAAUGGGAUCCCACGUCAGCAGUAGACCCCCUUGGCGACCCACAUUUCCCCUCACAGACCUCGUUCGAGCGAAAGGAGCAACUUUAUUUCAAAAUGAUUAAAUAUUAUGAGGACGGCUCGUCAUGGGACAACGCCCUGGGGACAUAUAUGGAGCUUGCAACACAGUACGAACACAAUAUCUUUGACUUUUCCAAGCUUGCACGAACUCAGCGAGCCAUGGCAACGAUAUACGAAAGCAUCGGCAAGGGCGAAAGGCAGAACCCGCGGUACUUCCGUGUAGUAUACAAAGGCUUGGGAUUCCCGGUUGGACUCCGAGACAAACAGUUCAUCUUUGAAGGAUCCCCUACAGAUCGCUUAGCUACGUUCACGGACCGAAUGCAACAGCAGCAUCCUUCGGCUCAAAUCCUAGCUGCCAACGGCGAGGAAGAUGUGGAAGGACAGUAUCUUCAAAUAUAUCCCGUCAGCGCUCAGAAAGAUCUACUUCAUCCAAUCUACCAACGCGCAAAGGUUGCGCAACCUAUCCGGGACUACUACCUUCUUUCGAGACCUUCGCACUUCACGACGGCUUCGCGUCGGACUGGUGGGGAGUCAAACGUCAAAGACCAAACGGUUGAAAAGACUGUUUAUACAACCGCUGAAGCCUUCCCUACCAUUUUACGCAGAAGCGAGAUCGUUUCUGUUGGCACAAUAUCAUUGACGCCCCUUCAAUCUGCAAUCGAGCGUACCACACGAAAGGCUGUGGAACUGAUGGCAUUAGAGAAGAGAGCUGCUGAUGGGGAAGACUCUGUGUUCACUUCCCUCACGCACGAGAUCAUGGUAGCAGUGGACCCGAUUUCGGAAACUGGUGUUGCUAAUUAUCACGACCUACUUCCCAAGCAACGGGACUCUUCAGAAAUCGAUCCAGAUGAGGAAGAAGAAGAGAAGCCAGUAAAUCUCCUUGAGAACGCGCUAAAAGUAGCCAUGAUGGAUUAUGCUCUGGUCGUGAAACGUUGCUUGACAUUAUACUCUAGGCCUGCUCACCAGGCCACUAAAGCAGACCUAACGCAACGUUUCGAGUCUACGUUUGUGGCUGAGUUGGCAGCUCUUUCGCCCAGCUCUCAAAACACACUCUUACGAUCGCCAACCGCAUCUUGGCUUGUCGCCUCUGAGCCUUCUCGUGGUGCUAGCCCCGUGGCUGCUCCACUCAGCCAAACAAAUGGCACGCAUGUCACAUCAUCGUCCGAUGCGCGACCUACCCCUGGUCACCAGAAAAACAGGUUGAGCCUCACGUUCCUGAAGAAAGGAUCCGUAAGUGAACAACAAGAGGGGCGUCAAAACAGCAAGACCGCUGUGGAUGAGGAAGACACCCAGUCCAACGCGGCCUCAUCCCGCAGUCGGAGCAAGGACGCUGGAAAGCAGCACAGGCUGAGUUUCCUACACCACACGCCGACAAAUGAGUCUCUGCCACAACCACCGGCAACCCAAGCGCCGAGCCAAGCGAAGAGUCAGACGCAGAGCCACCGCAGCCAGAGCAGUGAGCGCAGGCCCGAGACGGGGAGGAGCGAGCAGUCGAGCAAUCAGAGCUUCGGCGACCGAGUGGGCAACGUGCGGAAAAGACUCAGCCUGCUGCACAUUGGAAAGAAGCCUAGCAAGGCCAGUGUCAAAGGACGGUACGACGAGACACUAACGGAGGAGUGAAUAUUUGUUCUCGAUCAUUACAUUUUCUACGACCAGGACAUUGGACUUCGAAUCUUCUUGAGUUUUCAUACAUCAGGCUGGGACAUCAUAGUAUUAUUUCAUUAGCUUUAGGUGCAGCGCAAGUUGCUGAGCUAGCCAGCCUGAAAGUCUCCUUUUGCAUAGGGAUUGGGAUCUGUUUUUGUGUUCUUUUUUCCUUCCGUCUUUUCAGGUCUCGGCGGUUGAGCGUGGAGCAUGGUCGAUUUGAAUGCAAUUGGACCGGUGCACGUCCGGAGUGCUGUUGGACAGGGAUUGUGGGUGUUUUGUUUUUGUAUCAUAGUGUUCGAGGUGUAUACCCAGACUCUGCUUCGAAGGUGGAGUCGCUCUCGAGUUCGAGGCACGCUUUUUGGAUAGUAGAAUUGGAUGCUGUUGCCGGCUGAAACGAGGCUGUUCCGUGUCUCUGAACAAACCUGUAUACUACGUACCGC